CAGCAGCCCCACAGUCCUUCCCACCACUGGGGCCAUGAUGAGCAAAAGGGAUGCUUCGUCACCUAUUUGUCAUGCAGCUUUUGUGACGCUGAUAUGGCUGAGUUGGAAUGCGAUGUUUCCAAACAGAUUGCUUUUUGUGCUCCAUGAUGCUCCUCCGGUGACAAGGCACUUGCGGUGUGCCCGACGGGCAUUUGAAGCGAGCAGCAUCCAAUUGCCUAGGCAUCCCACAAACGCCAAAACAAACAAACUGUUGGAGACGGCUGAACACUUAGCAAACUCGGUGCUGACCAACAAAUCUGUCCUAUCAAGUGGUGCUGCUGUGAAUGAUCCUUUUGAUCUUGAAGAUCGAGUGUAUGCAAACACCUAUGUCAAUUUGGGUUCUGCCAAAGUAGUGGGAUUCGAUUAUGAUUACACCCUUGUGAGCUACAAGCCGGCCAUUUUACAUUUGAUUUAUGAUUUGGCAAAAGAGCAGCUUGUUUCCAAAUUCAAAUAUCCCAAAGAGCUCCUGGAUCUGCCUGGCUAUGACCCGAACUUUGCGAUCAGAGGCCUUGCAGUGGAUUUGGACAAUGCUUGGAUCUGCAUGCUGACACUGCGAUAUCGAGUUUCGAUUGCUUUUUUCGGCCGGGAACGUGUGGACCCAAUGAUUGUUCGACAAACUUACAGAAGUGAAACGGGUUCAGGCAUCCUCCCACCGGAGGAACGGAAGAAGCGUCUCAAGCCUUUGAAUGACCUUUUCAGCACGGCGGAGGCCUGCCUUCUGGCCGAUGUAGUGCAAUGGUUUCGAUCUCGAAACAUUCCUUUCGACCCUCGAAGCGUGGUGACAGAUGUUUUGGGGGCCAUUACCCAAGCGCAUGUGUCCGGCCAGUUGCAUCGCACGGUUGGCCAUGAUUUGGAGAGAUACAUCGAACCAGAUGGACAGAAACUGCUCCAAUUGCUGGACAGGUUCCGAAGUGCGGGCAAGAAGUUAAUGCUUGUCUCCAACUCACCAUUUGAGUUUGUGAACAAAGGAAUGGUCUAUGUUUGUGGAGAGGACUGGCGGAGUCGUUUCGAUGUGGUAGUUGUUUCCGCCGGCAAGCCAGGUUUCUACACAGGCACCCGCCCUUUCAGAGAGGUUUCAACACGCACUGGCAGAAUCAAAUUCAAACCCAUUACGUCCUUCAGCGCGGACGAGGUCUACUGCCAAGGGUCCAUUGGGGAGUUAGUUCGCUUGAUGGGGUGGACCAAGUCUCACCCCACACAGGAUAGACCGGACAUAGAUGGGUCCAACAUCAUGUACAUUGGUGAUUCUCUCUUUGCUGAUUUAGUUGAUGCUCGGCGUCUUUAUGGUUGGACUACCGGUGCCAUCAUCAGGGAAGUGAGCCACGAGACUGCGAUCCAGGCAAGCCGAAAAUGGCAAACAGCCUGGAAGGUACUGCAAAUCUUGACGCUUUGUGGCCGCGAAUGCCAAACAACAUUUUUUUCGCCAACUGCGGAUCCAUGUGGAGCCUACUCACAGGCGGACACCAAAAUUUUAGAUGAUCUAGAAAGCCUUGCAGCUGACUGGAGGAGUUAUUUGGAUGCCCUCCUCAAUCCAAACUUCGGUUCCAUCUUCCGAGCAUCCAGGGAUAAUGGACAGACAGCUCAGCCAUCUUUGUUUGCGCGAUGCUUGCAGAGGCACGUGGACUUCUACACUUCCAAGGUUGAAAACUUGGGGCUUUACUCGACUGAUCAUCGCUUUUACCCAGCAGACUAUUCCAUUGGAGUGCUCCAUGAAGUGUUGCACUUGACAGAUCCUGUUUCAGAGGUCCAUGUACUCUUGGUGCCUGUACGUUUGGCUUCAGUCAUGGACAAGACCCUCUUGCAGAAAGAUGACGAGGGCAAGUUUAAUCCUGAGACCGGCCUUUCAGUACCUCAAGUAGCCAUUUGGAUGGUGUUCAUCACCAUUUUCAUGGACACACUGGCGGCUACUAUCUCAACUCCUGCAUUACCCUAUUAUGCCCGUUCCUUUCAUGUGAACAAUGCAGCUGUGGGCUAUUUAUAUGCAUCAUGGAGUUUCACAUCGGCAUUUUGCGCACCCCUUCUAGGUCAGCUUUCGGACAAAUGGGGAAGACGCACCAUUCUCCUCGCAUCUCUGUUGGGAGCGGGGCUCGCAAAUUUGGGCCAGGCACGUGCGGCAAGUUACUAUGAACUUCUUGCUUGGCGUGCUUUCUCUGGAGUUUGGGCUGCUGUGGGGAAUUCGGCUCAGGUCUACCUGAGUGAUGUUUGCUCGUCACUGGUCUUAGCAGAUUAUAUGUCAAAGCUUUCGGCGGUUCCCAGCCUUGCAAUGACUUUUGGCCCUGGUUUGGGAGGUGGUCUCUCAAAGUUUGGUUUGAAUAUCCCAGUCUUGGUUGAUGGGAUUUUGUCCUUGGCCGCUGCUGCCCUUUGCUGGGUUUACUUGCCGGAAUCACCUGCAUGGGCCUCGAAAAAAGCUGCAGAUGCUCAGCCCAAAGGUGACCAAAAGCAACCUCAAAAAAGUAUUCCUAGUAGCGUGUAUGUGCUUGCUAUUUCCGGUUUCUUUGGUGGAAUAAGUUUUGGAACGGCCGUGUCGAUGACCGCGAUCUUUCUGGAUGCAAAGCUUGAAUUUGACUCUCUCCACGUUGGUUUCACAUUUGUUCUCACAGCCAUUGCCACCUUGGCCACCAGCAUUUGGGGAACUGGAUCCGUGCAGAAGGCUGUUGGAUUGAAGAGUUGUGCAGUACUUGGAUCCAUUGUGAGCGGGAUUCUCACUAUCGGGAUGGCUUUAAUUCCCGGCAUAUGGCCUACUCUGGUUUUCAUGUGCCUGUCGCGGGCUGGCACCACCCUGCGCGCCGGAAGCAAUGGAACGAUCCUUGCUAACUUCACAGAUGCAUCGAACAGGGGAACCGUUUUUGCACAGCAGCAAUUUGCAAUGAACAUGGGGCGACUUGUUGGUCCAGUGGUUGCCGGUCACCUUGCAGUCACGGAUCCUGUGGUCCUUCCGAUGGUCUUCUCCGCAGCUUGCUCCAUCCUCUCCGGGUUGAUCCUCAUGGCUGUUGCAAUGCCGGAAGCUCCAAAACAGACUUCCCAAGCACUCCGAGGAUUUACUGAUCUUGGUAGUGAGUCUAUGCUUGAAUUGGAGUAUGGCAGUGCUCAAGAUUGCCAGGAAUUGGGCAAUUUCGUGGGAGAUUUGCUGUCAAAAAGGCGCUACCGUUGGAUUUCCAGAAAGAAGGCCAUUUAUUGUAUGCUGGACAACUUGCUUCCAGAACUUUCUGCAGACGCCGGCGAUCAUUUGGAGGAUUUGCAGCGACUCAUGAAGCAUGUCGAGCUGAUCCGAAAGGACUUUCAGUCCGUACAAAGCAGAGAUUGCUGAUGCGACGUGCUGCACGAUUGAUUCUACCAAGAUGUCAAUAGAAAGAAAAGGUGUCGCCACACAGGCUUCAUUGCUUCGGUGCUAUUGUGAUGACACGUGAUGACUAAACUACAGGUCCUUUGACUCUUUGAGCUUCAGCAUCAUGGUUGUAAGACGGA